AUGUCUUUACUUGAAGGCGGUGAUAGACGUCGUUAUAAUCUACCUUCACAUGAUGAAGUUGCAGUUGUAUUUGCUGGCGAAGAUGGUUCUCCCCCAACUUCCAGGGAAGCAGUUAUUUACCCAAGAGGUCAUCCUUUAAAAAUUGUAUCAAGAAUGUCACCCAACUUGGAUCCUAUGGUUUAUCCGCUAUUUUCCCAAGAGCAAUAUGAUGAAGAUGCAUAUGUAAAAAUUAAAGGCCAACGUCUUGCUUUUAUCAGAAAUAAUCAAAAUAAGCUGGGAAGCGGGCAGUAUGAUGCCUUACAUGAACAUAUUAACAACAUUGCCAAUGAUCAUCUUUUUAUUACUUUUACUUGCAAACCAAAAUGGCGUGAAAUAACAGAAAAUUUAUAUCCGGGUCAGAAUGCGAAUGAUAGACCUGAUUUCGUUACUCGAGUUUUUAAACUCAAGUUAAAUAACCUCCUCAAUGAUAUAUUCAAACAUGGUGUAUUAGGCAAAGUUGUAACGCAUGUUCAGGUUAUUGAGUUUCAAAAGCGUGGUUUGCCGCAUGCCCACAUUUUGCAUGCCCACAUUUUACUUCAUUCAGAAAAUGAUGAUAAACUUGAAACAUCACAGGAUAUCGAAAUUCCAGAUCCGAUAGUUAAUCGUGAACUUUAUGAUAUUAUCAAAACUUGCAUGAUUCACGGGCCACGUGGGAUACUGAAUCCAAAUUCUCCCUCCAUGAAAGAUGGGGUGUGCAGCAAAAAUUAUCCUAAAGAUUUUAAUGCCAACACAGUAGCUAUUCACAAUGGUUAUCCACGCCAUAGGCGUUGUGAUAAUGGGUUGUACAUAGAGGAUGCUAGCCUUAGUUCAUCAAAUAAUGAAAUAGUUGAAGUGAGUCGUGAUAAUGAAAGCAUGGUUUCUGACCCGUCAAUACCUCAACCUGUUGCUCCAUAUUUAUUAGGCAAAAGUAUUUUGACACUUGAACAAAAAUUGGAUGCGACUAUUUGUAAUGUCAAACAAGUAGAAAAAGCAGCUCUAGAAGACAUUAGCAAUUUAAAAAACAUCACAAAAGAAAUCAAACUUUUUGAGGCAACUGGAAAGCGUAGCGAAAGUCUAAAAAGAAUUUAUGUUAGUGCACCUGAGGCACAGUGGCGAAUAUUUGAGUAUCCCAUAAGUCAUAUGUCACACACUAUUAUCCGUCUUAAGGAUCAUCUUCCUGAGAAUCAGAUUGUGUAUUUUAGAGAAGGAGGAGAACAAGUGGCUUUAGAUCGUGCUGCUCAACGUGAUACACACCUUACGGCCUGGUUUAAAUUGAAUUCUGAAAAUGAAGGAGCCCAUCGCUACUCAUAUGUUGACAUUCCAUAUUACUUUGUAUUUGAUGAUAAACAUUGUAAAUGGAAGGUUCUAUUUAUAUUAGCUGAACAAGCUACUCUUCUUCAAAUGGAAAAGAUUAUUAAUCAAAGUGGUAAAACGCUAUCUGAUUAUAAUUUGCCUGUUGUUGAUGAAUUCAUAGAUUUUAAUCUAGAAAAUUUAAAUGAUUAUGUUCAGCAAUCAAUUAGCGAAGCUAAUAGAAUGAGACCGCUUCUUAAUGUCAAUCAAUUAAAUGUAAGUAAUGCUGUCCUUGCUGCAUUGAACGAGCAACCAAGUGUAGAAAGUCAACAUUCCAGAUUGUUUUUUUAUGGAUGGACCAGCCGGUAA